AUGCUGAUAACAUGCAAUAAACGAAAAGAAAGAAUCAUUAAGGCAAACAUCAAUGGUUCGACGCCAAGUUCUUCAGCCAAAAACAACGUUGUUCUUGUCAUAGUUCGCUUUCAACAGAAGAUACUUUUAAAAAUGACUCACGUUUCAAUCUUUGCACAAUUGGAAUCAAUGCGUGCAAAGUUUUAUGCGAAAGACUCAGUUUUCGAUCUUGUAAAACCCUUCGAACGACCACCAAUUGCUUUGGUCUACAGUGUUUAUGGUUUCAAUGUCCCGACAAAAGCCUAUCACGAGCAUGGAAUGCUCACGUCACGUGGACUUGUGUCUGUUGUCAUAGUGGCAAUACCUCGACUGGCUGCCACCUUUGUGCUUCAGGUGCCGUACCUCGUCGGUGCAUGUGAGUCCUGCCAGGUAGAAGAGAACGGGCACUUUGUGACUGUCGCUAGCGCAAGGUGGCAAGAAAAUGCUAAAUUUCAUGUUGCUUUACGUGGUGACACUCUCAUGUGA